UUGUGUCAGCACAAAUACUUGUGAAAUGGAAAAACCGAAAUAACUCCUACAAAAAAAAGGAACUUGACUCUUGCGUCAUAAAACAGCAGUUCCACAUAACAGUUCCACAUUUGGAUUGUAGCCACUUUAACAACUAGAGUUAGCUCCAAGUUGAUAAACCCUUAGUGAAGGAGUUAUUAGACCAGCAGGGACCCAGAGACAAUUGGGACUGACAGAGUGUGUCAGAUAUGGAGGAUGAGGAGUGCUGGGUCCAGCUGGAGGAAUACAGACUGCUGCUGAUAAAGACCAUUGAGCCGUCGCAAAUCACUCCCUACCUGCGGCAGUGCAAGGUGCUAAGCUGUGAUGAUGAGGAGCAGAUAUUCAAUGACCCCAAUCUGGUCGUCCGACGACGCAAAGUAGGUGCACUAUUGGAUAUUCUUCAAAGAACUGGACGCAAAGGCUAUGUGGCAUUCCUCGAGAGUUUGGAGCUGGACUAUCCUCAGCUGUAUCACAAGAUUACUGGCAAAGAACCUGCCCGGGUCUUCUCUAUACUAGUUGACACGGUGGGUGAGUCAGGACUGACUCAGUUCUUGAUGAAUGAGGUCACACGUCUGCAGAAGGGACUGCAGGAGGAACGCCGGCGCAGACAAGAGGCCACUGCGGCUGCAGCCGCGCAGGAGGACGCUGUCCGCCAGCACCAGGUUAGGGAGAGGGAGUUGCGGAAGCAACAGGAGCGCGUGCAUCGUAUGCGGGAAGAGAAGGGCCGGCUGUGGGAGGAGGUAUGCCACCUGAAGGACGAGAACUACAGCCUGAUGCGCGAUGUUACCAAGCUGAGCGAAGAGAAGAACAGUGCCCUCAUGUCCGCCCGUGAUCUGCAGCUGGAGAUCGAGAAGCUGAAGCACUGCCUGAUGAACGCAGAGAGCGACUCGAAAAUCAGAACUGUGAAACUGAAGAACGCCAUGGAGCAGAGACCGAGUCAGGACAGGAUGUUGCAGCUCCAGAGACACAAUCAUCUGCUCACAGCGCGCAUCCAGGAUCUGGAGGCGUCUGCUCAGGGGACAGCUCCAGCCCCCUUGGAUCAAGAGAGGCUGAGCGUUGAAAGUCUAGAGGACUACAAGCAGCACUCUCAGGCUCAGCACCAGGAGCUGGUCAACAACAUCUACACCCUACGCAGAGAUCUGCACGAUGCUGAGGCACUGCGGAAUAGGUACUUAGAGGCGAACGAGGUUCUUGACUUGAAAUGCACGACAUUGAAGAAGGAUGCCAAAAUGUAUCGUGACCGAAUGGAGGGUAUCCUGAAACAGAUGGAUGAGGUCAGCAGGGAGAGAGACAAGGCCAUCGCCUCUCGAGAGGAGUACCACCAGGAGAAUUGCCGGAGCCUCCAGGAUAAGGACCAGUACCGGAAACAGAUUCGGGAGCUGGGUGAGCGCUGUGAUGAGCUGCAGGUCCAGUUGUUCCGGACAGAGGGAGAGAUUAUUGCACUACAGACCAGGCUUCACAGGCACACCUGCUCCCAACAUGAUAAAAGCCAGACCAGUGAGGAAGACUGCAAAGAUAAAUUAACCAAAGCUAGUAGUGUGGAGCUGCAAAGUCCGACAUUAGGAGAGUAUGAUGUGUGCAUUGCUUCGCAAGACCAACAGUUGUGUGCAGGAGGGCCCAGGGAGGAGAAUAUCUCAGCAGAAAGAGCUCCAUCAGUGGAUGAGGUCUUAGACUGUAGCAAGCCCAGAUUGAGGUGUAACUUCUACUACAGAAGGAAACGUGUCCUUAGGUCAAAGCCCACAUGGAAGGAACACACACCUUGUGACCUGGACAACAGUAGUGGAAGUGGCAACACUGACACGGAUGGGAUGUGACUGAGAGAGGGGGAACAGAGGAGGGGCUGGGUGACGUGGCAAGGACCUUGAGACACAGGCUAGUUUACAUUCUUAAACAAAACAUUUUUAAUUAUGAAAUCAAUUGAAAUAAUCAUUUUGUUGAUAUCAUGAAUAUGUUUAAUCUUUGUAUUUUUCCAAUAAUAGUUUUAUAUUUUGAACCAUGAUUGCAUGAUGAAUGUGUUUCUGUAUUCAAGUUACUUGUACCAGAGACGGUAUCAAAACCUUCCUCUGAUGUCUUUGCUUGUAUCUCUUCAUGUGCAUUUUAGAAGAAAUGCAAAAGCAGAGGAAAGUGGCGGUAAUGAAUGGCAAAGAAAAGUAAAGAUACAAUUUGUAUAGAAAUCUUUGAUAAAGAGGCAUGGUACACACUUGCACUUUGUCCACAAAAUGCAGACACUGUUUGGAAUUUAUGGACACAAAAAGUUACAAUCUUUGCAUUUUGUGUCACGGAAUAAAAUGUUUUCACAAAAUGUUA